AUGUCGGUAAGAGAUCGUACGGCACCCGGUCCCGACAGAAUAAGACCAGAACACCUGAAGAACCUUCCGCCGGAAUGCAAUGUUCCUAAACAGUGGAGGGCCAGCAAGACUGUGUUGCUGUAUAAAAAGGGAGGUUCACAUGACAUCGGCAACUAUCGCCUAAUCUGCUUACUGUCCUUCAUCUACAAGCUCUUUACAGGAGUAAUCCUUAAUAGGAUUGCAAAAGUCUUGGAUGAAGGACAGCCAUGCGAGCAAGCAGGGUUUCGAAAAGGAUUCAGCACUAUUGACCACAUUCACACUGUUUCAAAACUCAUCGAGAUAUCACGAGAGUACAAAAUACCGCUCUGUUUCACCGUCAUCGACUUAAAGAAGGCCUUCGACUCAGUUGAAAAGGAAGCGGUAGUGGAAGCCUUGAACAGCCAAGGCGUCCUUAGUACAUAA